CGUUCAGCUCGAUGAAAGCGUAGCGCUCUGUCUGCUCUCCUGGGAAUAUUUUCCCAUCAUAUAAACAUUUACCUGCUGCUGUGCUGGAGCUGACACCGGCAGGAGGAGGGUGACGGCGCGAGGAGUCCUCGAGGCUGCAGGUGUAGCGGUUACUGCCCGUCCUGGCGAGCAGCAGCAGGUGGUCAGGGUCAAAGGUCAAGCUUUCUGUAACCAUGAGGCAGGCGGUGGAGGCUCAGGUGUUAAAUCCGCACUGUGAGUUGGGAGAACACGGUUUGCGUCAGAUCCUGUCUGACGUCAUAGAGGAGGUGAGGCAGUCUGUGAGUCAGGACAUCGACGGAGCAGAGAUCCUCCACAGUCUGCUUAACGCCGCCUGGCUGCAGUCACUUCUCAAGGUUUAUGAGUGUUUGCAAAGAUAUCUAAGAGAUUCUCCUGCACCAGCUCUGGAUUACUCUUCGGGACUCUCGCUUGAGUUGCUGAUUGAUAUCAGGUCCUUACCAAGUUGCUCUGAAGAGGCCAAAGAGCUGUACCAUCUUCUGCGACAGCCACACCUGCAGGCCCUUCUUUCGGCUCAUGAUACAAUAGCUCUGAAGGACUAUGAGCCGGUGUUGCCCCCAAUGCCAGAAGACCUGCCGGACGAUGAGGAGGCCACCCGGAUCGUCUGCCUGGUGAAGAAUAAACAGCCACUGGGAGCAACUAUAAAAAGAAACGAGAUCACAGGAGAGAUUUUUAUAGCUCGGGUGAUUCACGGAGGGCUUGCGGAUCGCAGUGGUCUACUCCAUGCAGGGGACCGGAUCAUAGAGGUGAACGGUUUUCCUGUGGACGGGAUGGAGCCUGAGCAAGUUAUCCAAGUUGUGCAAGCUCGGUCGCAUGGCACCAUUAUGUUUAAAGUCAUUCCCAUCACAGAAAGGCCGGUCCACAACCAGACCAUGCUAUACGUACGGGCCAUGACUGACUACAGCCCUCAGCAGGACCCGGCCAUCCCUUGCGCCGAUGCCGGCAUGAGCUUCAGAAGAGGCGACAUCCUGGAGAUUGUGGACCAGACAGAUGCCCUCUGGUGGCAGGCAAAGAAACUACCCAGCAGCACAGCAUGUGCUGGCCUCAUCCCCUCCACCAACCUCCUCAAACGGAAGCAGAGGGAGUUCUGGUGGUCACAGCCUUACCAGCCACACACCUGCAUUCAGACCUUGAGCACUGUAGAGGAAGAGGAAGACUUAAUGGCGAUUGAUGACAAAUGUGUGGAAGCAGACGAGGAGGCAUUUGAUUCUGAGGAGCUCAGAGAAGAGGAGGAUGACUUUAGAAGCAACAUUGAAGGAAUAUAUUUAGCGGGCUUUAGGCGCAGCAUGCGUCUGUGUCGGCGGCGGGCUCACAGCACCACCCAGCCGUCCUGCAACACCCGUUGCCCCAGCAGCUGCUACAGUGCCCUCAACAGUCCAUAUGAGGAGGUGGUUCGUUACCAGCGCCACUCAGAGGAUGUACACCGCCUCAUUGUCCUCUUAGGUCCGUCUGGUGUAGGUGUGAAUGAACUUCGAAGGCGUUUGGUUGAGAUGAACCCAAACAUCUUCCAGGGACCAGUGCCAUACACUACAAGAGCACCCAGAGGAUAUGAGGAAUCUGGCAGAGAAUAUUUCUUCGUCAGCCGAGAAGUCUUUGAGAACAUGGUUUAUCACAACAGGUUUCUGGAGUACGGCGAGCACAAAGGGAACAUGUACGGCACCAGCAUCGAGUCUGCAAAGGAGGUUUUAAACAGCGGCAAGAUCUGCGUCAUCGACAUUGAGCCAAACGCCCUCCAGGCAGUGAGGACACACGAACUGAGGGCCUUCGUCAUCUAUCUUAAGCCUCCGACUCUGGAGCGCCUCAGGGAGACAAGACAGGACUCGUAUAUCACCACCAACUACUACGUCAACCGGCCAUUCAAAGAUGAAGACUUCCAGGAGAUGGAGGAAGCAGCACGGAAGAUUGAGUCAAACUACUGGCAGUUCUUUGAUCAUGUGAUCAUCAACAAUGAGCUGCAGGACUCCUGCGUUGAGCUGCUGACCGCAGUGAUGAGGGCGCAGGACGAGCCACAGUGGGUCCCUGCCAGCUGGAUUCGACCCACGUCAGAGUCCUAGGAGCAAAGUAGAGGAGAGGACGUCGGGUCAAAGCAGUGAUUUUUUUUUUCUUUUUUUUACUGUACAGUUUUUAAAAAAUGAAAUCGUGACAUGUAAAUUCAGUGAUUGCUUUUGUAAAUAUACUCGUGUGUGUGUGUGUGUGUGUGUGUGUGUGUGUGUGUGUGUGUGUGUGUGUGUGUGUGUGUGUGUGUGUGUGUCACAUGUGAGCUGGACUUUAAGUCUCUUCAAAUCCCCAAAGAUGAAAUGAAGCUGGAUCCAAGCUCAAAGAAAUUCCUGAAUUUGUGUCCGUUUGUCACAGUUUUGUUUUUUAUUUUUUCAGUCAGCAGGAACAUAUGUAGCACCUCUUCAAAUAAAAGACGCCUGCAGGACUUAAAUUCAAACAAAACUGCCUCUUUUCCUGCCCUCCUCCCUAUUCUUGUACACAGACUUCCAAUAAAAGAAACAUAUAGCUAAAGCAUGUUUGUCCUCUUUGGCCAUAAAUGAUUUCUUGAUCCAUUCCAGCCUAAAAUGACACAUUCUCAUGUAAAAUGGUGGGUAAAAUGAACAAUUAACGUAAAUAAACAAAAAAAAAUAUUGUAUUUUUAAAGGUAUGUUACUGUACACCCAAAGCACUGAUGUUUGCUAAUCCUUGAAAGUUAAAAAAAAACAACAAAUAAAAGUUUGCA